AUGUACACAUCGUCACCCAAAUGUAUAACCAAAGCGAGGAGUCUUCAUUCCUCCACAAAUGCACCAAGCUUUCGCCAAACACCCAUCCGGCAUAUGGCUGAAGUAUGUCAGGCAUUGUUGUCCUUCACCCAAACUUCCUCAUCUCAGCCCCUACAGGUGCUUCAGAUCCUGGAGGCCCUCCGCCUCAGACAGCCGUGCCGCACUGCCCCCUGCACGGCCAACACAGUCCUCACCACAGUGACACCACUGGUUGUUGCUCAGCUACAUUCCAAGUCCUCCAUAAGAAGUCCAGAUAUAGAAGAAGAACUUCCAAGCCAAGACCUGCAGCCAUUCCACCCUAUGGUGAAUCUGGAUUGUUCUCGAGAUUUCCGGCCAUUUCUCUGUGCACUCUAUGCUCCGAUUUGUAUGGAGUAUGGACGUGUCACACUUCUCUGUCGUAGGCUGUGUCAGCGGGCUUACAGCGAGUGUUCAAAGCUCAUGGAGAUGUUUGGUGUUCCUUGGCCUGAAGAUAUGGAAUGCAGUAGGUGCCCAGAUUGUGAUGAGCCGUAUCCUCGACUUGUGGAUCUGAACUUAGCCGGAGAUCCGACUGAAGGAGCCCCGGUGGCAGUACAGAGGGACUAUGGUUUUUGGUGUCCCCGAGAGUUGAAAAUAGAUCCUGAUCUUGGUUAUUCCUUUUUGCACGUGCGUGAUUGUUCACCUCCUUGCCCAAAUAUGUACUUCAGGAGAGAAGAACUGUCAUUUGCUCGCUAUUUCAUAGGAUUGAUUUCAAUCAUUUGCCUCUCUGCCACGUUGUUUACUUUUUUAACUUUUUUGAUUGAUGUCACAAGAUUCCGUUAUCCUGAGAGGCCUAUUAUAUUUUAUGCAGUCUGCUACAUGAUGGUAUCAUUAAUUUUCUUCAUUGGGUUUUUGCUUGAGGAUCGAGUAGCCUGCAAUGCAUCUAGCCCUGGACAGUAUAAGGCUUCCACAGUGACACAAGGAUCUCAUAAUAAAGCCUGCACCAUGCUUUUUAUGGUACUGUAUUUUUUUACUAUGGCUGGCAGUGUAUGGUGGGUAAUUCUUACCAUCACAUGGUUCUUAGCGGCUGUGCCAAAGUGGGGUAGUGAAGCUAUUGAGAAGAAAGCAUUGCUUUUUCACGCCAGUGCAUGGGGCAUCCCCGGAACUCUAACUAUCAUCCUUUUGGCGAUGAAUAAAAUUGAAGGUGAC